AUGGACAUCAAUCUCCUGCUUUCUCCCCAAGAAACUCCUCGCGCGAAUCCCGCCCCAUCUGUCAAACCUGCCUCCGCGAAGAAACCACGAAAGCCACGCACAUCCAAAGUGAAUCAACCUUCACCUCUUGUCCACACCACUCUUCCUCCCCCUACCCUACCGCAGAACGCUGUGGUGCAAGCGCAAAAUGCUGCCCCGAACUCAUCCGCCAUGGGGCCUGCUGCCUUAGGAGUGCGGAUGAGUGCUAGUAGCACAUCCCCCAGUGAUGGCGUCCGGACAAGCAGGCAGCCUUCAACACCCGGUAUGGAUACAUUAGCGGACCUGGCUUCGAUGCAACAUCAUCAGCAAACAGCACGGGCAAAUGCUGGCGGCCUGCGGAGUGCUGAGAUCUACGAUCAUUCGACUUCGUCAGCAGCAAUCCUCCCAGCUCUACAGGCAAUGUCAAGACCAACAGUCUCGAGUCAGCUAAGAGGAGGGUCUUAUGACAUGGCAAUGACAGAGGGGCCAGCGGAGACCGCUUCGCCGCGAAGGUACUCAACGAAAGCUCUCUCGGAAACCGAUCUCCAGACCGUCACACAGCUGGUCGAGUACCUCGCUGCCAACCCAUUUUCUUAUGAUUCUCACUUUCAACUCAUUAAGAUUUUGCAUCAAGGCCUAUCCAACCAUUCUCAUGUCCAUUCACCCGCAUCCUACGACCUACUGCAAGAUCUACAAAGCGCAAGAGAAACCAUGAGCUCCAGAUUUGCCUUGGGAGAGGACCUCUGGGCGGACUGGAUACAAGACCAAACACUGCUCGCGAGCUCACUCGAGGAUAGGAUUUCGGUCAUGGAAAUAUGCGCAAAAGCUGUGGAAGAAGAGUCUGGCAGCACGAAACUAUGGCUGGCAUAUGGUCAAUGGAUGUUGUCACUAUACAAACAAGCACAUCCCCACGACCAGAGGGUGUCUGGUAUUGGGACGAUCCCGGCACGGCACGGAUGGUCUGAGGAAGAUAGUAUGGUGGCAAGAGAGGUCUUCAGCUGGCCGCAAAUGAUGGACGUCUGGAAGUGUGCUGAACAAGAAACGAGGUGGCGGAUCAAUGACAGUCACCUCGUCUGGGACAUAUGGACGGAGUUGUUGAUGCUAGAGCUCGCGUCAUCUCCUCUGCAAGAGGCGAUCAACGAUACGCAGUAUCACUUCAUCAAUCGUCUUCAAACGCCUCACGCAACAUGGGAUCAAACUUUUCAAGCCUACUCGAACUUCGUCUCGAGGUACGAUAAUGCACAAUACGAAGUCACGAUGGUAACAGCGAAUAGGCUGGGAUUAAAUGCCAAACAAACGUACAGUUUGCGCGAGAUUAGGGAAUUCGAAAUCAUGCGCGCGGGUGACAAGAAUGACAGAGACGCCGAAUUGAAGGCAUAUAACGACUACGUCGACUGGGAGCUCUCCCAAAGUCGGAAGAAACACAGCUUCAAGUUCGAACUUGCGAAUGCUGUUUAUCAACGGGCUACCCUUCGGUUUCCUUCCAACUCCGUGUUAUGGGAGGGCUACGCUAUGUUCCUGGUCGAGGAAAACACAACUCAUCGUCGUCGAGAUAUAUCAGCUCUCCAAAUUCUCGACAAGGCAACCCGUCAUUGUCCUUGGUCAGGAAGUUUAUGGUCACAGUUUCUCUUGUCAGCAGAAAACAACAAUCUGCCGUUUCCCGAUAUCGGAGAUAUCAAGCACAAAGCCACAAGUACUGGUCUGCUUGAUGCUGGAGGGUUGGAGGAGGUACUCAAAGUCAGCACGGCAUGGUGCGGCUUCCUCAGACGGCGAGCUUUCCAUCAAGACUCUACAGACGAAGAUAUGGAUGUGGCAGAGGUCGGUAUUCGUUCUGCAAUUGAGGACAUGGACAACGUGGGCCGUACGAAGUAUGGCACUGAGUACCAAGGCGAUCCAGAAUACCGCUUAGAAAAGAUCUAUAUAAGAUAUUUGACUCAGAGUCGCAAUUGGGAAGGCGCCAGAGAGUCCUGGAAAAAGUUGAUUUUGAAGAGAGGCGAUAGCUACGAGUUCUGGCUUCGUUUCUAUCUAUGGGAGAUGAACACCUGGAGCAAGCUGGUUUACAUUGAGACCGAUCCCAACGGCGGUGGACGACCCUUCAAGCCCACCGAGGCCACGAAAGUACUGCAACAAGCAUUGAGGCGGCCAAACCUAGAUUGGCCGGAAAAGAUCAUUGAGAUUUUGCAACAUCAUUGUGAAGACAAUGAAGAUGCUGAGGAACUUCAGUCUUCAGUCGCACAAGUCUGGAAAGCUACAAGAGCUGUGCAGAAGAGGAGGGAGAAUGAGGCUUACGCGGCGUAUGAGAAGGCACAAGCCGAAGCGUUACAGCAACAGCAGGGGGAUCAGCAAGAUCCCGCAAGCUUUGAAGACGACAGCCAGAUUUCCAGCAAGCGGAAACGGGAGGACGCGGAUGAGACAGGGUUCAGCAAGAGGAGUCGACCAGAUGUCGCCGAGUCAACAGAAACGCAGUUAGAAGAGCAGCAUCUUGCGGCUCCUUCGAUACUCAAACGUGAUCGUGAAAAUGCCACCGUAGUGGUGAAGAAUCUACCUCCCGAGACGACUGAGACAAGGCUGCGACAGUACUUUAGAGAUUGCGGCACAAUAAACAGCCUGACGCUCAUGUCAGAGGCUGAUGGUCGAUCGGCAACAGCGUCCAUUGAAUUCGAUUCGAAAGAAGACGUUCUAACGGCCCAAACAAAAAAUAUGAAGACACUUGACGAUAGGGCAAUCGAAGUUCAAAUUGGCUCAGGAUCGACACUGUACGUUUGUAAUUUUCCUCCUGUUGCUGAUGAGACUUGGAUACGAGAGAAGUUCAAAAGGUAUGGAGAGAUUGUUGACAUACGCUUCCCAUCCCUCAAGUUCGACACGCACCGGCGCUUCUGCUAUGUUCAAUUCAAAUCAUCAAGCGAUACUAAAUCCGCCACUGAGCUUGACGGUGAGGACCUUGGAGACGACCUCAAACUUGUAGCCAAAUUAUCGGAUCCGGGGCAAAAGAAGCCGAGAGAGGGCGCCAUGUAUGAUGGACGAGAACUUUACCUGGUCAAUCUCGAUCGCAAUACAACCAGGGCAGACAUCAAACAAGCCUUCAAGAGAUACGGCCACAUUGAGAGCGUGAGGGUACUCACCAGAGUCGACGGCACUAGUAGAGGCAUAGCCUAUGUAGUCUUCCGAAGUAAAGAUGAGGCCGAAGCGGCCCUCGAAAUGAACCUCACAACGCUCGGAAAUCGCGUCUUGAACGUCUCGGUCUCUACCAACGACAAGUUGAAACGCAAGCAAAACCAAAUCAUCACCUCUACCUCGACAUCUCAACGCGGCACCACUUCCCCACCUCCACAUACGAAUGGCGACACCCACAGUGUCGCGUCGCCCGCCCUUCCCACCAACUUAGCUGGCCAGUCCAAAUUUUCCGAAAUCGAAUCCCGUACCCUCGCGCUCCUCAAUAUACCAGAUACAGUCAAUGACGCCCGAAUUCGAGCUCUCACAGAACCUUACGGGGAAUUGGUCAAGGUAUCCCUCAGACCGAAUCAUCAGGGAGCUAUUAUCGAGUACAAAAACGAAGCCUCGGUAGGCAAAGCGUCACUCGCCCUAGAAGGGCAUGAGAUAGCUCCCGAGAGGAAGAUACGCGUUGGAACAGUCAGUGAAAUGAAUCAGCAGAAAGCUGAAUAUCGCAGCGAUCGUAUAGCAGUCGGUGCAGCAGCAAAGACUAUCAAUGCACAGCUACAAGGGCCGGCACCAAUACGAAGGCCUGGUCAACCUGGGACAAGAAGGGGUGGGAAAGGCGGAUUGGGAAUCAAGAGGGGAGGAGUAGGCUUGAGCGGAUCAAGAGCCACGAAGGAUGGGGAGGACAAGGAUGCGGAGAUGAACGGAACGGUGGAAGGAGAGGAGAAGGGAAAUGCGAAGAGCAAUGCUGAUUUCAAGGCCAUGUUUCUCAAGAAGGACGGGGUGUAA